GUCUGAAAAAAAUCUAAACUAAAUUAACUGAAGCUUGUCUUGAAAACGCAUCUACACACGUAUCAACCGUCCACGUCAGCACAUCUUCGACCCUCUCUUCCCUACUUUUCAACGACCCUUCCAAUCAUACAGUAUCAUUCUUUAAUAAUUAUAAUUAAGAAAAAAUUCAAAAAAGAAUAACAGAUCGAAAAAAUACAAGCAGAAGCACAAGCUCCCCACUGAAUCUCGAAUCUUUUCUUCUUUUUAGCUAAAUCUCUUCUUCUUUUUUCUUUUUUUGCUUUUAAGAUCUCUUCGAAUGGUUUCGGCAAUUUCAAUUGAUUUAGUGUCCUUUUAUUAAGAGCUAAUUUGAUCCAAUUUUUUGAAAAAAAAAAUGAGAAGCAACGGUGGGUCUGGAGAAUCAGCUUCAACUCAAUCACCACGAAACCCUAGCUCACAAAAAGCAGAGAGGCCACCGGUACUGAAGAAGUUCAAAGCUAUAGAACCGGAUGAUCCGCGGCACACACCACACUUUCCGGGUCCUCUUUUCCCCGCCGUUCGUCGCGUCACCAGUCUUCCACCGUCGUCAAAUCGACGUGCCUCGUUUGAUACCGAUGCUGAUAAGCCGAGUAGCGUAGGAGAUGUUACUGCCAGUAAUCUUAAUAACAUUGAUGUUGUGAAUAGUUUAUCAGAUAGGGAUUGGAUGUAUCCUUCAUUUCUUGGGCCUCAUGCGGCGAGGAAUCGGGUGGUGACGGUUAAAGCGGCGUCGAGGCAGCCGAUUCGAGGAGGUGGGGAACGAUUAGUGGAUAGGGUUGAAAGUAAGGUGGUGGAUGAGAAGCAGCAAAGUAACACUCCUGUCAACAAGGAGGAAGUCAAAAUCGUGGCGAGUCAAGUUUCUACGACGAUGACUGAGAGGAGUUCGGUGAGUUCAUGGAGUGCGAGGAGGAUUCUACGGAUGAAAUUGAAGCGUUAUUUCAUCUUUUCAGUGAUCAUUUUCAGUUGUAUAUAUCCUUUAACUUAUGUAAUUCAUCUGCGGAAUAAAGUUGAAAGACUAGAGGUAGAGAAUAUUAACCUUCGUCGAUGGUGUAGUGAAACCGAUGUUAGUAACUACAACAAUGAAGUUUUGCAGCCUGAAGAUGAUAGUUCAUAUAAAAUUUUUGGUAAUGCAGACAGUAAAACUGUUGCUUUAUAUACCGUGAUGUUCACCCUCGUGAUGCCUUUUGUGCUGUACAAAUGUCUUGAUUAUCUUCCACAAAUAAAGAUUAUAUCCAAAAGAACAAAGCCUAACAAGGAGGAGGUUCCCUUGAAGAAGCGAAUUGCGUAUAUGGUGGAUGUUUGUUUCUCUGUAUAUCCUUAUGCAAAGCUGCUUGCACUCCUUUUUGCAACGAUAUUUCUUAUAGGAUUUGGUGGGUUGGCCUUGUAUGCUGUCACUGAUAGAAGCCUUACUGAAGCUCUUUGGCUUUCAUGGACAUUUGUGGCUGAUUCUGGCAAUCAUGCUGAUAGUAUUGGAAUUGGUCCUAGGAUUGUGUCUGUCUCUAUAAGUUCAGGAGGCAUGCUGAUAUUCGCAAUGAUGCUAGGGCUCGUCUCAGAUGCUAUCUCAGAAAAGGUUGAUUCACUCCGAAAAGGAAAGAGUGAAGUCAUUGAAAAGAACCAUAUGCUAAUUCUUGGAUGGAGUGACAAAUUGGGAUCACUUUUGAAGCAACUAGCAAUAGCGAACAAAAGUGUUGGGGGUGGAGUGGUUGUAGUACUUGCAGAAAGAGACAAGGAGGAAAUGGAGAUGGAAAUAGCUAAGCUGGAAUUUGAUUUUAUGGGAACAUCUGUCAUAUGCAGGAGUGGAAGUCCUCUGAUUCUUGCUGAUUUAAAGAAGGUCUCUGUAUCGAAAGCACGUGCCAUUAUUGUCUUGGCAACUGAUGAAAAUGCAGAUCAGAGUGAUGCACGUGCCUUGAGGGUUGUGCUCAGUCUAACUGGAGUAAAGGAGGGUUUGAGAGGUCAUGUUGUGGUUGAAAUGAGUGACCUUGACAAUGAGCCCCUGGUAAAGCUUGUUGGAGGAGAUCUCAUAGAAACUGUUGUUGCACAUGAUGUGAUUGGUCGCUUGAUGAUACAGUGUGCCCUGCAACCUGGCCUUGCACAGAUAUGGGAGGAUAUAUUGGGGUUUGAAAAUGAUGAGUUUUACAUCAAAAGGUGGCCUGAAUUGGAUGGUAUGCAGUUUGAAGAUGUGCUCAUUUCAUUUCCUGAUGCAAUUCCUUGUGGAGUCAAGGUUGCUGCAGAUAAUGGGAAGAUAAUCCUAAAUCCAGAUGAUAGUUAUGUACUAAAAGAAGGGGAUGAAGUCCUUGUUAUAGCCGAGGAUGAUGACACUUAUUCUCCUGGUCCUCUUCCAGAGGUACGUAGAGUUAGCUUCCCAAAAGUACCUGAACUUCCGAAAUAUCCCGAGAGGAUACUGUUCUGUGGCUGGCGGCGUGAUAUUCAUGAUAUGAUUAUGGUUCUGGAGGCAUUUCUCGCCCCGGGUUCAGAACUGUGGAUGUUCAACGAGGUUACAGAAAAAGAAAGAGAGAGGAAACUGAUUGAUGGUGGACUUGAUAUUUCUGGAUUAGAGAACAUAAAACUCGUCCACCGUGAGGGAAAUGCCGUCAUUAGAAGGCACUUAGAAAGCCUGCCUUUGGAGACUUUUGAUUCUAUUUUAAUUCUUGCAGAUGAAUCACUGGAGGACUCGGUAGUGCAUUCAGACUCUAGAUCUCUUGCCACCCUUCUCCUUAUUCGAGACAUACAGUCGAAACGUCUCCCUUACAGAGAUACAAAGUCAACUUCUUUACGGCUUGCUGGAUUCACUCACAGCUCUUGGAUCCGUGAAAUGCAGCAAGCUUCAGAUAAAUCAAUUAUCAUUAGUGAAAUUUUGGACUCUAGGACAAGGAACCUGGUUUCAGUCUCGAGAAUCAGUGACUAUGUGCUUUCAAAUACGCUUGUAAGCAUGGCACUGGCAAUGGUGGCUGAAGACAAGCAAAUAAAUCGUGUUCUUGAGGAGCUUUUUGCAGAGGAGGGGAACGAAAUGUGUAUCAAACCAGCAGAAUUCUACUUAUUCGACCAGGAAGAGUUAUGCUUUUAUGAAAUAAUGAUCAGGGGUCGGCAAAGACAAGAAAUCGUCAUUGGCUACCGCCUUGCAAACUCCGAACGUGCAAUUAUCAACCCUCCAAAAAAAUCAGAACAAAGGAAAUGGUCUCUCGAUGAUGUUUUCGUUGUCAUCUCAUCCGGUUCUUGAAUAGGACGGAUAGGUUACUUCCCUCCGCCAUUGUGCUAUUAGCUGUUUUCCUCCUUAACCCAUCUAUAUAUAUAUUUUCACUUGCAUUUUCAACCAUAACUAGAGAAUUUUACCGACAAAAAAUAUCUUCAUGACACAGUUAGGUAGAAAGCCUUAAUGUCAGGAUUCAACCCAACAAUUAUGUUGCAAGAACGGGGAUUUCUUUCUUAUAAAAGGUGAUAGCAAAUGAAUCCAUUGAUGGUACUCUCCUGAAGCACUAGGUUGUUUUUAGGGCUAAGCUAGAAAUAUUUUUUUAGGCGGGGUUGAGAUUAAAUUAUAUAUUUUUAUGAGAGUUAAAAUGUAAUUUUAUCUUUAUAUUAGCUUCUAUUUUUACGGUUUUUAAAUGGAUUAAAUUGAAAUUUUACUAUAUAUUAACUUUAAGAUUUUAUAAAUUUUGAAAGCCUAAAACAGAAAAUUUUCUUUUUAGGGGUGAAUCCCUUGCCUGUCCCUCCCAAAGUCUCUGAGGUUUCAAACUUAUGUUCAGGAUCAAAAAUUAUAAAAACUUUGAAGUAAUAUAUGAUAAAAUUAUAGUUUUAACAUUCAAAAAUAUUAAAAUUUCUAUUUAAUAUAUUUUAUUUCUUAUAAAAAAAAAAAACUUAAUUUCGCCCUUCACUGCAGCUUAUAUUCUUUCUUUAGUAUCUGUCAUGUUGUACUCGUUUUGUUUUAAGACUCCUUUAAAACGUGCAGCUGGAGGUUGGAAAAUGACUGAACCAGUAUGCAUCAUGACAAGGGAAAGGACAAGAUUUCACAUGCAUUUAUAAGUACUGUUCAAUGUAAAUACAAGCACAAAAAUCACGAAUUGAAUAAACUAACAACCACCUUUCACUAGCAUUACAAAUAUCCCCUCCCCCUUCUUCUUUUUUCUUCUUCACAGAUUUGGCAAACAAUUUGUAUAAAACAAAUUUUUUUUUAAUCCAAAAUCGAAACAAUCAAAAGGAUAUGUCCAACAUAUCCAAAAGCAAGUUUUCCAUCAUCACAGUCGCCACCGCA